CACUUGGCCUGAUACAAUAACAGUGUGACACAGAAGCAAUUUGAAGGUGCCGCAUAUGAGGGUUUGGCUCAGGAAAUAAUAGCCGGGAAUUUAUUGUGAAGCUUGUAAAAUGAGAUCUUUACUUCCAUUGGCAGGUGUGUGAAUAAACUAGAAGAAAAAGUCAAAGGGACAGCAGACGGGACAUACAAAUAAAGCAGCCUGGACAUUUUAAUGUGUGUCUAACCUUUACUCAACGUCACCAUGGUGAUCAGUGGGCUGCUCUGGUACUGUGCAGCUCUCUGGGACAAGAGAUAGGAGCAUAAGGACCUGUGACGUAUAUCCCCUCCCUCUCCUUCACAUUCCCAAAGCGAACCCAGGCGAAGGAGUGACAAACCCUCACUAUAUUGAAUUAGAGCCUAUGUGAAAUAGCGGCUUAAGGAAAAAUUGCUAGAGAAACACUACGACUGCUACUAAAAAAUGUCACAAAAGUCUAUCUUAGUUGAGUUACAAUUGGCCCAGAGGCUCAAAUAGUGUUACCGGAGUGCUGAAGGAUGGCUUGCUCUGCUGUGCCCAGUGGACUAUGAUUUACUUACUGGACAGCUUAUAUGGAUGUAUAAAGUCUGUACCCGAACCACGACUUUUUGAAAACUCACUUUGCACCAACCCGGCACUGAAAUCCUGAAAUAAAACCACUCCUGACAAUUGAUGGCUUGUCCUUGCCAAUGUCACUCGGAGAGAUCACUGUCCAUGCUCCUGUGUCCGGAGCCCACUCAUGUGAAGGCUGCGUUGGAAGUUCUGAGUAGGUCUGCUCAGGAGAGCAGAAAGCAGCUGGUGGUGGAGAUACUGAAGGAUCCUAAGAGAGAGCGCUACAUCAGGACACUAGAAUAUUUACUCAGCUCCACAGACUCAUGGCUUUGCAGUACCGCAGCCCAUCUUCUUGGAGUCCUGGUGGAGAGAGAGGAGGUUGUGCAGCAGCUCAAGGCCAAGGCUCCAAAGGGCAGAAACAGCCUUGUUGGGACUCUAGGGCAGCUCCUAACCAGACAUGAUCCAGACAUUGUGAUGAAUGCUGCUGGUGCUUUAGCCUCUUUGGUUGAGAGCUCGGCUGGACGUGGGUGGCUACAGAGAGACCAGGCUGUGUUUGGUCAGCUCUUGACCAGCCUGUUGACCCUGCUGGACCACGGACCGGAGAGCAUGGUGAACUCUGCUGCCCUGAUCCUGGCCAGGCUGUCCCUGUGUGAUGUGGCCUGCCAAGGCCUGUUACGCCACCACUCAGCCCCUAGCACCUUGGGCUGCCUGGUACAAUGCCUGGCACACAGCCAUACAGACACGGCUAUGAAUGCAGCCUUUGCUUUGGGUCGUCUGUGUGGAAGUGAAAGAGGCAGGAGUCUCAUUCUGACAUUUGCGCCAGAGUACCAACUGGUUCACAGUCUGCAAGCUCUCAUGAGUGAGGUGGCUGGGCCAGAGGCAGGACAGACAGCCUGUUUUGCAUUGAGUUGCCUAGUAACAGAAGAAGAUGGACACGCUCUGGUGCUGGGUAGCCCAUCCCUUCCCAGCCUUCUUGAUGCUCUUCUCUACCUCUUACAAACAGAAGACCAGGACAGUGCCUGGUUUGCUGCCAUGGCAGUGAAAGUGUUCGUGUCACGACCGGCAGGAGUGUUACACGUGCGAGAGCACAGGUCUCUGAGGGAGCGACUGAAGUCUCUCUCCAGCUCUCCCUCCAUUGGCAAGGAUCUCAGGGAGGAAGUGACCUCAUGUCUUAGGAAGCUGGAGCCACUUGUUAAGCCAUUGCCCCCGACAACUAGGCGCCUCCCAUCUGGGGCCUGCACUGUGUCAUGGGAGAAGUGUUUCCCUGAGAGUGGCCUAGAGGUCACUUACAGCCUUCUGGACAGAGAGAUAGUUCUGUAUCGUGGAACCCAAUGUCACGUGACUUUACCGGUAUCAGUCCUCAAACCUGGACAUGAGUUCUCACUCCGACUGAUCCACUCUUCCGCUGAUGGAGACACCAGCCCCUGCAGCGAGCCUGUGCUAUUGGUCAUAGAAUCAGAGGAGACGGGGACAAGGCCUGGUCCUCCACAGAAGCUGCGCGUGAUUGGAUGCACAGCCUCUCAUGUGCGACUGAGUUGGGUUGCGCCGGCGGGUGAGCUGAAGCCCCAGGUGUAUCAGCUGUAUCGUGGGGAAACACUACUAGAUACCACAACAGAGCUGAGGGCUGUAGUGGGUGGUCUGUCCCCGGGAACCCUUUUCCAGCUUGGUGUGUGCGCAGUGGGGCCAGGGGAAGAGGUGGGCCCCUGUGCGGAGGUGGAGGUCCGUACAGCCAAGGACCAGGACCACGCACCCAGCGGCCUGACCAUGGUGGUGCUGGGCAGGCAUGAGCUGCAGAUCAUGUGGGGGGCUCCCCUGGUGCCCCUGGGUCGCCUGUUCAACUAUGAGCUGAGGCUGAACGAUUGCGUGGCUUACUUGGGCACGGCGCGUGCUCACACUGCCCGCCGUCUGGCCGCCAACACGGCCUACACCUGUACUGUAACGGCCAUCACCACCAGAGGGCGCUCUCAGAGCCGGUCCGUCACUAAGAGGACCGCUCGCGACGAGUACCCGUACACACAGAGGUGUCUGUACUCCUCCAGCCGUCAGCCUCCUCCUAAGACUCCUUCUUCAUCACCUCCAUCAGUCACAGAGGCAACAGAGGUCAGACGAAAGGUCACAGAGAUCGUGGAAAAGGCCAAGAAACCCCACUCUGCACACGACCAUCUGACCAAGGUCCAUCUGUCCAGCAGGCAAUACAGAGGGACUGAUCACGACAGAGAGAGACACAGGCAACCUUUGGUCUUCACUUCAUCUGCUGGCUGUGAAAGCAGCAAAAUGGAAUCAUCUGAGAUGAUGACCAUGGGGCUGGUGAAUGGAUAUGAUGCAAAGGCCUUAUGGAGGAGAGCCAAAGAGAGGGCAGGAGUAUCUGUCUUCCCUGCUGGGCUUCCAGUCCGGCCCCUGCUCCAUCUCCAGGCUAAGACUGAGGAAAACCUGCUUGAGAGGCAGUCCCACCGUGGCCUGGACCAGCAUUUAGACCCUUCAUGCCUCAGGGCCCAAAUAAGCCCAUGGAUGCUUCUCCAGUGGAGUGCUCUCAGAAGAGGACCUAGAGACAGAGGAAAACUCACCUGUAUCCCCCAUCAUAUAGAUGCAGUGAAGUUAGUCAAUCCCAUUCCUCCCUCCUACCCACAACUGGACUGGACAGGAAACUAUAAAGACAAGCUGCUGAGAGACCGGACAAGGCUUUUGACAGGACCAAGAGUGCAGAGCGAAAUCCGAGGAAGACAUCCCCUAACAACAAACUGGACCAAGCUAAGCUGAUAAUGAUCCGUAGAGGAAAGCAUGGGUUUACACGGAAAAAUCUAAAACGAUGCCCAUGUUUGAUGCCCAUAUUAAAAGAGUGAAUCUCAAGUCAUAGAUCCUCAUUUUUGCAUCAAUCAUAUGGUUAAAGAAGUAUUACUCAGCAGAAAAUAAACUAUCCCACCAAACAAAAUAUUUUUCUGUCCCCAAAAUAGAAUACAGUAAUGUAUCUCUCUCUUUACUCCUUCAACCUUUAUGCAACAUAUUGGUGGCCGCUCCAGCUCAGCUCAGAAGACACACAUUCUGUUUUGAAAUGUAAAACUGGAAGAUGAAAUGUAUUUUUUUCUGACAUUAUUGUCAGAUUAUCCAGCUUCGUCAUUAUUUUACUAGUGUAGUUGUGCCUGUGUUGUGAACAGAGACAUUUUUAGAGGACAUAUUCAACAUCAAGCAAUCAUCUCAAAUUGGGUUGCACAUUUUGGGGAAUAUACAGAGGUGGAAACUUUCCGUGGGAAUUAACGGGAAUAUAUGGGAUUGAACUGAAAUAUAUGGAAAUGAAUAUUAAUACCAUUUAAAUGUAGAUGUUUUUUGCAUUGGAUAUAUUUACCAUAUCAUAUGGAGACAGAAACAUAAACCUUUUACCUUACCAUCAGUAGACAUAAUUGCAAAUUAUUAAAUCCUUC